AGUUUCUCGCCUCUCCGCCUCACUGUCCGCGCGCGUAAAAAAGGGAAAGGAAAACGAGAGAAACCGCUGCUGCUGCUCGGACGUUGCGGCAAUGUCUGAUGUGCAGAAUUUACUCCCGCCUUUCCGUCCAGUUAUUUAAGAUGUGCACACUCAAAUGGUUUUACUGAACGUAGGAUGGGAUUAACUUUGAACGGCAGAUAUAUCUCACUGUUUCUUGCAGUGCAAUUAGCGUAUCUGCUGCAGGCAGUGGGUGCUACAGGGAAAUGUAAUAUCGUAUUUGAAGGCUUCUCAGACUGCCUGCUCAGACUGGGACAGAAAAUGGUGAACUACCCAAAGGAACUGGACGAAAGAGAAAACCUACAGACCAUCUGUUCAUACUGGGAUGACUUCAACGUCUGCGCCAAAACCGCGCUCGCGGACUGCCCGGAAGAAGCAACGGAUCUAUGGGUAAAACUCCAAAAAGAAUCCCGAAAACUGGAGUUCCGUGGCAGCUUGUUUGAACUGUGCGGAGGAGAGAACGGGGCCCCCCGACCCACUGUGCCGAUCGGCGUCACGAUGCUUCUGGCAGCACUUUCCGCGCUAGUGACAUGGCUUGCUUUUUAAGGGAAAAAAACAACAACGAUGAUGAUGACUAUCAACGUAAUAAUACAAAUAAUUCUGUCAAUUUAAUACACUUUAUUGUAGCUACACCGACAUGGAUUUAUAUACUUUUGAAAAUCACCCUCAUUCAGAAGAGACGACCUGAUUUUUUUAUUUUUAAAAAUUGGCAGGCAGCCCUCUGGGAAUACUUCAUCGUCGCUUUCAGACCUGGUCUGGGGUUCAUUUCAGUUCUUAUUUAGGCUAUAAGCACUUAGCAGCGUAUACGUCUGAAUUUCAAUGUUAUUUCUCCUCAUUACCGCCUUAAUCGAUUACAGUUCAAUUAUGCAUUCUUAAGAAAAUGCUAAAUUUCCUAUUCCAUAUCGGCCAAGCUGCUAAUCAGAUUCAUCUCCCAGAGAAUUUAGAAUCACGUUUAUCAUUUUGUGAAGCAGCACGCAUGGCAGUCAAACAGCGUUUUGACUGUUAAUUUAAUUACAAAGUAAUUAAGUUCAAACAGUUAAUCCCAGGUCUGCUUCCUCAUUACUUUAAUUUAGAACUUUUUUUCAUUCAGCAAAUUUAUAAUGCCAAGUCAAGUUGGAGCAAGUAGUGGUGGAUUGCACCGUGGUUUCCAUUUCUUGCUCAGACUCACCCAUUGCGUUCUGAUCAACAAAAGAGGAAAUACAAGUUAAAAAGAAGAACGGUUGGAGUCCGUAAAAAACUUGUGCAGAAAGGAGAGGAACACGGUGAGACGGAGGUAACCAUGGAACCAAACUAUGGCAACUGGAUAUCUGGAAGCCAAUGCCGUCGCCCAAUAUCUCAGAAGAACCCAGAAUACAUUUUGACUGUUACCACCGCGCCCCACAGUGUUUCCGUCAUAUAAUGUUGUCAUAUAGGCUACAUAGAGGAUAAAAAAUAAAUAAAAGAAACGUACUGUAUCACCACAACAUGAUGGCUGCAAAAAAAGAAGAAAAGAAAAAAAAACAGUUGGAUGAAGUGAAAUUUGCUAGCUUUAUUUGAUGUUGCCAAGGCAUAGAUCACGUUUCACAGCCUUUACAAGUAUAUGUAUUUUGUUUGUUUAUGGGGAUGUUACUUAUAAUACCUGAAUAUUCCAAAACCAUAGAUAGCCUACGGGAAACCGCAAUGGCAAGAUGUAUAUCAGAUGAUUUUAAGAAAGAGUGAUAACUUAAACCCAAGAGAUUUAAAAUUCAGAUUGCUACAAAUUAUUAAAAUAUAUAUUAAAUAAACCAUUUACUGUUUGAAA